AUGACGCCUGCACAUUUCGUCUUCUGGCUGACAUGCCUGCUCCUGGUGAACAUGGCUCAGACAAAAAACGUCUCCUCGGCUGUCCGUCAGAACAGCAGCGUCUUGUCAGCUGAAGCUGGAGAGACUUUGACUUUGGAAUGCUCCUAUGAAACUGAUGAGGCUGCCAAGUUCAGCUGGUAUAAGCUAACCUUGGGACAAAAACCACAACUCAUUUCCACUGUGUUCAAAUAUGGACAGCUUACUUUUUACAACGAAUUUAAAAACAAUCCACGUUUCAGCCUGGACUCUGGAAAAGGUAAAAACCACCUGAUUAUUACCGAGCUGCAGCCUUCAGACGCAGCAACUUACUACUGCUCCAGUGGUUACUUGUUUGAUUUCAAAUUUGGAAAUGGCACUACGGUGUUCGUGAAGGGUUCAGACUCGAACAUGCAGACUCUGGUCCAUCAGGUAGAAUAUGAGGCCGUCCAGCUGGGAGGUCAUGUGAAUCUAACCUGUACAGUGGAAACUGGGAGCUGUGAUGGAGAACACAGUGUUUACUGGUUCAGGAACAAUGGAGAAUCAGUUCCAGGACUCCUUUACAGCCACAGGAACGAUCAGUGUGGACGGAAAACUCGGGAGCAAACCCGUUCAUGUCUGUACAGCCUGCUGCUGCAGAACCUGACUGGGUCUCAGGCUGGAUCUUACUAUUGUGCUGUGGUUUCCUGUGGACACAUAGUGUUUGGAAAUGGAACCAAACUGGGCUUUAAAGAUGAGGUCAAUUCUCUGCAUCUUCUUACUGGAGCUUUGGCCUUCACUUCCACCUUGAGUUUCUUUCAAGCUCUCUUGUUGUUCAGGAUAUAUAAGAGAAAGAACUCCAACACCUCAGAACCUCAUGCCAGACUCUCCCAUCCUGACACAAGAACUGCAGAGAGGGAAGACCAAGAUGAAGAACUCCAGUAUGCAGGUUUGAGGCUCCAGAAGGUUCACACUUCAACAAGACAAGACCAGAGAAAUACAAUGACUGACUGUGUGUACUCUGCUAUAAAGAAAUAAAACUGGA